AAAGAGAAAAUAAGAAACAUAACUGUGUAUUACAGCUAAUUUAUAAUAUGGACACGUUUGCCAUUAUAAAUAAAUUAGUGGGGGUAAGAUUGUCAAUCAACAUGUCACCGCCGCUUUAAAAGACCUAAAGCGGGAGCCAUUAGAUGCGAGUUCCUUGUGACUGAACGGCGAAACAAGUGAGGAGAAAGCGCAAAGAAGCACUCGGAGAACAUGACGCCCAGCAUCAACUGUGGGAUUCCGGACGAGCGAAAUCUGGAGAAGCAGAUAGAGAGGCAAAUGGGAUGCAUGACUGGAUUUCUUCAGCUCUUCGAUCGCCACCAGAUCCUCGCCGGAAAGCGCUUGUACUCUGAUAAGCGGAUUUCUAGUUCUCCGACUUCAGACUCGCUGUCGCCGUCAGAGAGGUCCGAUGUCUCUUCUUCAUCUUUUGUUAAGGCAGCGCCACCAUCGCCGUCUUCACCAUCGCCGGCAGGUUUCCCUUCGUCACCGGAGAACCAUCAUCAGGCGAGGCCGUCACUACCGCUUCCGCUUCCCGUUUUCGAGGUGAAGGACGGGGUUAAAACCUCGUGGAAGCUACGGGAAGCUCCCCGGCUAUCUCUUGAUAGCCGCGCGGUCUUCGAUGCUUGGGGAAAGCUCCGCCCCCGGGAGAUCCGCACCACCCCUGUGGUGUUCUCCGGCGAUCCAUCCGAUUGUUCGGAUGCAGGGGAUGAUCACGACAAGCAUCGGCGCUCCCCAAGUGUUGUUGCGCGAUUAAUGGGCCUCGAUACGCUUCCAGUCGAUUGCAAUGAAGAGCAGCCUAAGAGAUCCGAGCUCCGGCGAUCCUCGUCGGAGUCCCGUGUUUCCCGAGAUCAUUGGCAGUUCAAUUUUCAGAAACUUUCUCCAAACUCCUCCGAAGAGCUCUUCCAACCUCGGAAAGUUGAUUACACCGAGCUUAGGCAUCGAAACUCUAAGCCAGAACCUCCGCGUGCUCCGCCGGAUCCGCUAAAGAGGAAGAGUUUCUUCGAGGCUCAGGAUUUCUUCCCGGAGCCAAAGCGUACCGGAUCCAUGUACGAAGAGAUAGAAAAGCGACUCAGGAUGCGAGGCAUUGAAGAGCCUGCAAAGGAUCUGGAGACUCUGAAGCAAAUUCUCGAAGCCCUACAGCUUAAGGGGCUUCUCCAUUCCAAACUACCCGAGCUCUCUUCCGUAGGCAGCCUCGAUGUCAUCGACAACCACGAGUUACCCAUCUCGGCCAUCACUGAGUCUCCAAUAAUCCAUAAAACGCUUACCCCUAAGCCCCCACCGAGAUCAGCUGGCAGCGAGCGACUUCCCCUGCAACACAGGUCUGUCUCCCCUCGCCGCCCUGUACCGCCGGAGGUCAUCCCUUCAGCAAAGUCUCGGCGGGACCCCGUCCGCAAGAAGCUCAUGCGACCAUCUGAACCGAACGAGUCGUCGAGGACCCCCAUCAGCGCACCAGAGCGGCGGAGGUCUGUCAAUGUCGAAGGGCAGAGGUCUUACCAGCCCGAGCGCCGGGUCCCAUCCGUUCAUUCCCCCGUAGCUAGCCCUAAGAAGCCAGGAUUUGAUCAAGUUGGAUUACGAUCACCAAGGAUUCAGCGUCCGAAGCCGGAGAUUUCUAAGGAACAGGUUCACUCGCUCGCCGAAGACGAUGCCUUCAGCUUCUCCAACACAAGCACUCGUAGCCCCCCUUCUCAAAUCGAUUUCCAGAGAGCGACUACAGAGGAAUUCAGAACUGGGCGUACUCUUUUGGAAAGGUGCGACAAGCUGCUGCACAGCAUCGCGGCGAUAACCUCCUCUGCGGAACAGGUUACCGCGAUGGAUCAGCAGCCGAGCCCCGUGUCGGUCCUCGACUCAAGUUUCCUAUCCGAGGAGAACUCCGCCUCCUCUCUCCCGAAGCUCUCCAUUGACUUCAAAGAUCAAAUAGAAGAUUGGGAGGACCACCGGAAGCACAAGGCGACUCCGAGCGCCGGAUCCGAAUAUUGGAAUGGGCCCGAGAAGAAGAUCGGUGCGGGCCAGGGCGAUGAUUAUGCUUUCGUGGCUGACGUAGUCCGUGAAACCGACCGCUGUGGUGGUCCAGCCAACUUAUUUUCUGCGCUCGAGCAGCGGCACCGGGUGUCCGGCUCCUCCGUCAUCUCAGUUAUCCAUCGCCGGCAUGUCUUCGACACAGUUACCGAGAUAGUCGAGCGGAAGCGCAGUAUAACCCCCUGGGUAGCCUUCAUCUGCUCUCUCCCCACCGCCUUCGCCGGCAGUGAGAACUCGUUGCUCUUAGAGGUGUGGGAGGAGGUGCAGUGGCUUCGCGACCACGUCUCAACGGAGAAUGUGAUGGAACUAACUGGACAGGUAAUAAAGCAGGACAUGGCGAUGACCGCUCCCGGAGAGCAAAACUGGACGGUGCCGGGAGCUGAGUUGUCUGCCGCUGUACUCCACAUCGAACGGCAGUUAUUCAAGGAUCUGGUUGCCGAUACCAUCCGGGAGCUGGCGGAUAUGUCUUGCAGACGCCGAGCCACCACCCUCCCCCGCCGGAAGCUCAUAUUUUGAAUUUCCCGCCAUAUCUGAAAUACCAAAACCUGUGUUUAAAAGGUUUUAAUUUUUUUCUCUUGGAAAGAAGCAUGGUGUCAUGUUUUCCCCCCAAAAAAAAAAGGCAUGGUGUCAUGCGCCUGUAACAAUUUUUCUCUUUGGAGCUUUAUAUAGGAAGCAAGCGACCAUGACCAGUGUCAUCGCCUGUCACUGUAGCAUUUAAAUUUAGCCGGAGUAAAACCGUAGUGGCCAUGGCCUACAGUGUCAUGCUUGCGGCUAAGGAAGUAAGAAAUGUGGAGCCUCGACAGGACAGGCAGACCUGUACCGCCAUCACAUGGCCGUCGCUAUAGGAUGAUGUGAGACUCUACCCAACAGUGUCUCGGCAGCCAUAUUUGAACAUCUCACGGGCUGUAACGAACAGGCAUAUGCGGAUGCAGCCCCGGAAGGGCGCACGGUGCACCCACCUUUCCGGCCGUCCUUGGUGGCAUUUUUUUUGCUUUGAAUGGAGAUGCCCCGGUCUAGCUGCAGCAUUAAUUUGUCCUUCCGAUUAUUUCUGAAUUGUUACUAUAUGUGUCCAGGCCGGGCUUGACUCAAGCCAGGCCUGGCUUGCGAGAAAGGGCAGGGGCCCGGCCUGCUUGCUCAGCCUGUCUCAUAAUUCCUUUUUCAUGCCCAUCUUUGACUAAAUACCCCACCGUUCCCAUCCUUAUAUACUGGACCCCUGUCCGGGAAGAUUUGUAUUCUAUGUAGAAAAAAAAAAGGAAUCAUGAGGAAUAUAACUGCUACACUACCUAAAAAAAUUGAAACAAAUUAGCAUGUAUGUAUGUAAAUUAAGGGCUGCAAACGAACCGAAUUGAGCCAUGAGUAUGCGAGUGUUUAUUGUUUGAGUUCGUUUAUUAUUAGCUUGUUCAAGUUCGGUUCGUGUUUGAUUCGAGCUUUAUUA